AUGGAGACGUUGGCCGAAGUGGUCAACGGAGAGGCCUCGGCGGUGGGGGUGAUGAUCGAGGCCGCUGAGAGUAUUAUUAACAUCGACGCGAUCGCGGCGGUUGAGGGCGUCGAUUUGCUCAUGGUCGGCUGCAUAGACCUGUCGACUGACAUGGGUAUACCGGGCCAGGUCGAUGCUCCUGAGUUCCGGGCGGCGCUGGAGGCUGUCAGCGCGGCGUGCCGAAGCCAUAAUAAGAUCUUCGGGCUGGCCGGUAACUACAACGACCGGAAGUUCCAGGACUGGGUCAUCAACACAUUGGGGGUGCGCUUGAUAUUGUGUAACGUGGACUCGAAUCUCAUUUCAACCGGGGCGAUAGAGAGUAUAGCGAGGAUAGCCAGCAUCGAUAAAACCGUUCUGCCCAACUAA